AUGGAAUUCCCUAAAUUGAAAAACGAUCUUUUAUUACGUACUUUAAAAGGUGAAAAAGUUGAAAGACCACCAUGUUGGAUUAUGCGUCAAGCUGGUAGAUAUUUACCUGAAUAUAAAGCUUUAAAAGGUGAUAAAGAUUUCUUUCAACUAUGUCAAACUCCUGAAAUUGCAGCAGAAUUAACUAUUCAACCUGUAUUACGUUAUGAAGGUUUAAUUGACGCCGCAAUUAUAUUUAGUGAUAUCUUAGUUAUCCCUCAAGCUUUAGGAAUGACAGUAGAAAUGAUUGAUGGUCAGGGACCUCAUUUUCCUAAUCCUUUAAGAACUACAGAUGAUAUUAAUAAAAUAUUAAGUUAUGAGGUUAACGUCCUAAAAGAUUUAGAUUGGGCUUUUAAAGCUUUAACUAUGACUAGAUUCCAAUUAGAUGGGAAAGUUCCUUUAUUCGGAUUUUGUGGGGGACCUUGGACUCUUUUAGUCUAUAUGGCUGAAGGUGGUGGUUCAAGAUUAUUUAGAUUUGCUAAACAAUUAAUUAAUGAAAAACCUGAAUUAUCAUUAAAACUUCUACAAAAAAUUACAGACACUGCAAUUGAAUUCUUGGCUCAACAAGUCGUAGCAGGUGCUCAAGUAUUACAAGUAUUUGAAAGUUGGGGUGGAGAAUUAUCUUCAAUGGAUUUCAAUAAAUUCUCAUUACCUUUCUUAACACAAAUCGUAGAAGGUGUGCCAAAAAGAUUAAAAGAACUAGGAAUUAAAGAUCAUAUUCCAAUGAUCGUCUUUGCUAAGGGAUCAUGGUAUGCUUUAGAUAAAUUAUGUUCAUUAGGCUAUGAUGGUGUAUCUCUGGAUUGGUCUUGGGAUCCAAAUGAUGCCGUCAAGAUAAAUAAUGAUAGAUGUACUUUACAAGGUAAUAUUGAUCCAGGUGUCAUAUAUGGUUCUAAUGAAAUUAUAUCCGAAAAAGUUAAAUAUAUGAUCGACGCAUUUAAUAAAGAUAAAAAACAGUACAUUGUAAAUUUUGGUCAUGGUACUCAUCCUUUCAUGGAUACUGAAAAGAUUAGAUUCUUUUUGGAAGAAUGUCAUAAAUAUGGUUCUGCAUAG